AUGGAGUUGGUGUCGAUCAUCAGCCCACCGAAGCGCAUGUCAUUCUUCCUCAGCUGCGGGUUCAAGAUUCACGGGCCGAGCUAUAUCCCAAAGAGCGUCGAGCCUUGGGUCGAGAUGCGCUACUUUUUCGAUGCACACCACGAGGUCCGUCGCGCGGACACGUCGUUCUCCACGUCGGACUUGCUUGCAGGUGAGCAUGACUACUCGGCGCCUCCUUCCGAAGGGCAUGAGCAUGCUCUGUUUGCUACGGAACAGCAAGCACAACGGUCCGCCGCUGGCUCGCUAUCCUACUCGCAGAACAGCUCGGAAAUGUCGCCCACGGCCCCGUGGGGCAUGGGCAACUUUUCCCUGUCGCCCACGGAGUCGUCGCCGGGGAUGACCAACGACCAGGUUCUCGCCGCGCUGAUUGCCAACAACUCGCUAUCCGAGGGCGCCGCCCGCGAUCUCGGCCUGCCUGUUGCGAAAGAAGGACAACAGAAUGCCCCCACGCAUUCGAAGGAUACGGGCAAGGCACUCUCGACAAUCUGGGGCCAGGCGGUGGCUGCCAAGACGGCUUCGGAAGACUCCCUCACGGCCCUCGAGGCCCGCAUUGUGGAUCGCACCCACUCGAGCAACAUCCAUAAGCUCUUGUGCCCGAACGAGAACUGCGGCUGUGGUUUGGUCGGGCGCCAAAGUGCGAAAUGGGCCGUGAAAGAAAUGGGACCACUCUCGGACAAGGACGCUGUUCGUCUCGACGAAGCCUCCCCUCCGAUCCUCCUGGACCUGACCAAUGCGCAAGAGGGACUCGGAACCGACCCCUUGUCGGGUGCUCCGUGGGACCAUAUCUUGCAGCGUCGCAUCGGAACUGUGGGCAACACCAUCGGUGCAGUGCGCGGUUUCUGGCAACUUGAUGGGCCCAUGCAAUUUGACAACGUUUCCUUCUCCAAGAACACUGCUUGGAAGGUGCCGGAAGCGACUGUGCACUUGCGUUCUCCGUCGCGCUCCUCCCCAGGAUCGAUUGAUCUGAGCAGCUCGCAUGGAUCGAAGCGCUCGGACAAGAGUCCCCGUGGCAGUUUUGGCAGCCUUCGUGGCGCCAUUCAGCCGCUUGCGCAAGUCGAGCAGUCGCAGACACCUCCUUCUACUAACAACACUGAAUCUCCCGUGUCGCUCGGCCUCACGCCCGGCGAAGAGCGCGUGGUGAAGUACGUGCUGUGCCCCGACUGCGGCUGUGGUCCUCUUGGCUUCAUGAUCCUUCCCUCGGACUCUAAUGUCGAGCACCAGGCGCGCAAGGGAUAUUCGGAUACGCAUUGCUAUGUUGCUGCUUACCGCGUUCGCUACGACUGCUAG